AUGCCACCCUUGUCACCGAUGAGGGCCAUCGCCUACGGCGCGUUGCCCUGCGCCCUGCCCAUCGCCGCGGAGUGGGCACCAGAGAUGAUGUCGUGCAACGUUGUUGGCUUGCCUUCGGAGGAUAUGAUGCAAGAUGGAUAUGAAGCUCAGUGGGGCCCUUUGGGACGCAACGACCUGGGGUUAAUGAAGUCACUGGGUGGCAACGCUGUCCGGCUGUAUCACUCCCUUGGACUGGGCGGCAAGGGCUCCCACAAAGGCUUCCUGGAUCGGGCAAACAAGCUGCGAAUCAACGUCAUGCCAGGAUUCCACAGCACCGAGCCUGCCCUGUGCAACAAUUUCGAUUGCUUCGAAGCUUGGAAGACUGCAGCUGCCACAGGCUUCAAACAAGGUUUCCAAGUGGAAGAUGGAUGGCACCCAGCAGUGUCUACUGUGAUUUUGAUGAACGAGCCAGACUUUUGGGAGAAUGACCCCCUGUGCACUGAUCAAGGUGCAUGGUGUCGCGUGAAGGCCGUAAUUAGCGCUCUCGAUGGCGUGUUGGCAGCCGAGGAAGAAGCCAAGAUCAGCGCAGGUCUUGAAAUGCCGGGAAGGGCAUUGUCCUUUGCAAUGCGCACCUCGAUCGAUGGUAAAGUCCAAGGCCCUGGCACCUUUGGAUUUCAGGACAUGAUUGCAGUGGUUGAAGACCCCUCCUUGGUUGAGUACGUUUGCAGAACGCCCCAAGAGAAAUUGAAGAAGGCCUUCUAUGCCAGGUGGGUUCACGGAUUGAAUACGCAGGCUCCCUGGACUUUUGUGCGCGACUUCGUCACCAACCACUACCAGCUGUACGAUGGCUUUGGAGGUUUUCCAUGGUUUAUCGGUGAGUAUGGUGCAAAUGGCCAAACCAGAGAACUCAUCGUGUCGGACCUCCAGUCAAUGGAGGAGAAGGCUAUGUCGGAUCAGAACUUCUUGGGGUCUGCGUUCUUCCAGUUCCAAACUGCCUACAGUAAAGGCGGGAGUGAGUUGAACUUCGGUCUCUUCAGCAUUGGGAAGAGGAAAAUUGGCGAGACUGGAGAGGUUUGCGACCGGAAGAGCCACUGCAGAACAUGGCCAGCUGCUUGUCAGAAUUCGGAAGGCUGGCUAUCUGCUCAUGCUCUGGCAAGGGUAAAGCAUGUAAAGCUCACACUGACAAGGAUAGCUUGCCCGAAGUAA